AUACAUAUUUUCAAUGAGUGUGGAAUAUUUAAACAUUCUUUCCAAUCUUUUUAUCUCUUGAUUUUAUCCUUAAUUGAGAAAAUGACAGAUGCCUCUGUUUUUUAUCUCAUUUUAAUUUGGGAUUUUUUUUAAGCGUGUGAACAGGACUUUUAUUUUGGUAUGUUAGUAAUAUGUCAUAAGGCUGCGCCGCGCUCCUCGUCUGUGAUUCUGAAGAGAGGACCGAACACGCAGAAAAACUCUUGAUGAAGCGACAGAGAUCCAUGUGACUAUUAUAAAGAUGGCGUUUAUUAAAGAGGAGAGUGAAGAUAUUAAGAUGGUGUUUAUUAAAGAGGAGAGUGAAGAUAUUAAGAUGGUGUUUACUAAAGAGGAGAUUGAAGAAGUGAAGAUUGAAGAAACAUUCAAAGUCAAACAUGAAGACACUGAGGAACACACAGACCUGAUGGCACUAAAAGAGGAGCGUCAAGAACUGAAUGAAAUGGAGGAGAAAGACCAAUGUGACAAACAGAAUGAUCGUAUUAAUGAAGAAAAGUCAUUUAGUUGCUCACAGACUGAAUAUACUUCACAAAAAGAAGCAAAUAGAAGUUAUUUGACCUGCCAACAGCAGCCUUUCACAUGCCCUCAAUGUGGGAGAGGUUUUACAUAUAAAACAACCUUUAAUGCCCACAUGCGAAUUCAUACCGGAGAACAGCCUUACACCUGCCCUAUAUGUGGAAGGAGUUUUAGACAAAAACCAACCUUUAAUACUCACAUGCGAAUUCACACUGGAGAACAGCCUUACACCUGCCCUACAUGUGGAAGGAGUUUUAGACAAAAACCAACCUUUAAUGCCCACAUGCGAAUUCAUACUGGAGAGCAGCCUUACACCUGCCCUACAUGUGGAAGGAGUUUUAGACAAAAAACAACUUUUAAUACCCACAUGAGAGUUCACACUGGAGAGAAGCCGUUCACCUGCCAACAGUGUGGAAAGAGUUUCACUGUAAAUGGAAACCUUAAAAAACACAUGAGAAUUCACACUGGAGAAAAGCCUUUCAUAGGAGAUUAGUGUGGAAAGAGAACCUUGUAGAGUAAACCUUGAUUCACAUUUUUGAUCAGUGUAAAAAAAAAAAUUAGACCCCAUUUUUGUUAAUUUUGUGGGAAGUGUUUAACUUGGCACUAAAACAUUUAGGAUCCACUCAUGCCGCAACUGAAGUUAUAGGGAUUGUAGUUGAUCUAUGAUUCGUACUGGCCAGCUGCUCCCCAGAUUGGAAUGCAUUGUGAUUCGUGCAUUACUUGCAAAGUUUAAUGCAUGUACUUAUGAUUUGUCACUUGUAAUGAACCCAAAAAGUUGUCUCUUUUGGAGUUAUGCAUUCUAAAAAUAAACUUGUUCUGUCGAUCAGGAUCUUUUGCUGGUUAACAGUGCGAUCGUAGUCAGCGCACACUUUAAAUUUGCACAUACAGAGAAUGGCAUCGCAUCUGGAGCUGACUACCAAAAUACUGAAGUAAAAGCAAGGAAGUUUGCAUUCAAAGUCAAAGACAUUGAGCAAAUGUCUAUAACCGGACCUGGAAAUGAUACAAUGUAAAUGAUAGAUUAUACAUAGAAUUAUGUAAACUUUAAAAUGCAAUAGUCAUUAUUUCAUUCAGUGAGAGAAUGCAUAAAUUUUCAAUCCGGAUUUGAAAAUGGCCACUGUUGGUGACCUCUAGAAGGUGGUUCCAGCUAGCAGUCUCAAAAGUAAUUAAUUAUUGCAGCUUAACCCCCUCACACAA